AUGGGAUCCAACACUCCUCAAUGGACUCCUCAGACAGUGCUGUCUACCCUCCCCCACCCUCCAGAGGAGAACACGACUUCGCCCAUUCCCUUCUUCCAUCUCCUUGAGCGCCUGAAGACCACAAAGCGCGAAGGCUGGCGCCGCUUCGGUAUCAAUGGCGAAUCGAUCUCCGACCACAUGUAUCGCAUGUCGAUCAUGACGAUGUUUGCCCCGUCCGAACUGGCCUCCAAACUCAACAUCCCGCACUGCACCAAGAUGGCCCUGAUCCACGAUAUGGCCGAAUCGCUCGUCGGCGAUAUUACCCCCGUGGACAAGGAGGUGACCAAGGCCGAGAAGGCUCGUCGCGAAGCUGACGUUAUGGACUAUAUUACCGAGACCCUGUUGGGCAAGAUCCCUGGCGGCGCGUUGUCUGCCCAGGAGAUCAAGCGCGUGUUCCAGGAGUAUGAAGACAACGUCACGCUCGAGGCUCAAUUCGUUCACGAUAUCGAUAAGAUGGAGCUGCUCCUCCAGAUGGUGGAGUACGAGCGUGCUCACAAUGUCGACUUGUCCGAGUUCGAGCGCGUCGCCAGUCGCGUUCAACUACCGGAGAUCAAAGUCUGGGCUCAGCAGGUCGUUGCCGAGCGCCCGAAGCGUGCAUGA